GCUCCCCGCCGCCACCGCGGCCACCGCGGCCCCGCGGGAGCUGCGAGCCAGAGCGGCCGGAGCUGCCGUCGCGGCGCCGGGGGGCGCGGCGAGCCCUGCCCGUGCGGAUCUGCUCCUCCCUCAAGGUGACCAUCCACUGGCUGCAAUGGCUAGCCUCCUGACCACGCCUUCUCCAGGAGAAGAACUGAUAACCACCCCCAUUCUGCAGGCCACUGAGGCCCGGUCCCCAGAAGCGGAAGCCAGCACAGCACUCAUUGCAGUUGUUAUCACCGUGGUCUUCCUCACCCUGCUCUCGGUCGUGAUCUUGAUCUUCUUUUACCUGUACAAGAACAAAGGCAGCUACGUCACCUACGAACCCGCAGAAGGCGAGCCCAGCGCCAUCCUCCAGAUGGAGAGUGACUCAGCCAAGGGCAGGGAGAAGGAGGAAUAUUUCAUCUGAGUCUUGGCCCCAAGGAGCUAAUCCAGGCUCCAGUGCUAACACACUAGUUAAUUUAUUAGGUGAAAGUUUUAUCUGAAAUGUGUAAGCAGCAUUGAUUGACAUGGGCAAACCUGAGCUCUUUCAAGGACAUAGGCCCAAAUGCCAACAUCACUGGCGCCAAGGACCAGGGACACAGAGAAAGCUGCUAAUGAUGUCUCUAGCCAGGCCUUUGUAAUACAGCCCGUGUUUGUGACUGACCGGCAAGGUGGAGCUGUACCAGGCAGCGUUUGAGUAUGUGCACCGUCAUCUUCACUUUUUUCACAGGUCAAAGGGAAGAAGAGAGUUAGGGUCACUGGCUGCUCCUCUGUUCCCUGCCUGGCCACCUAGUGACAGCCUGAGCGGACAUAUUGUCCAUAGAAGUUCUUCCCAGAGACUGGAUACCACAGUCCAGGCCAGGCCAGGAGGAGCAGGAGACCAUGGAGACCGCACCUCCUAACGAAUGUGCUACAUUCCUUAAUCUGAGCCCUUCCUUUCCAUAUUCCCCAACCACCUCCUACUUAUGCUAUUUUUAUCAGAAUUAAAAAUUUUCAUUGAUACAGAAA